UGGUGGAUAUAAAGAGAAUGUCAGCGUGAACUUCACCAGUCUUCUGCCGACGUAGUCUUCUUGAAGCUGCGUGUCAAACAGCUAGUUCGAUCAUUUUUAAUUCAUUCCUAUUUUCUCCUUCUCAUCUAGAGAUUCUACAACUUUACAAAGAUUAUGUGCCAGCGAUCGAUGAGCUCCAUCUUCCUAGUUCUGACGUUAUUUAUCAUCUCGUCAGCCAAAUCUCAGGAAUAUGAUUGUCGAACUCCUACAGGAGAGUUGGGAGUAUGUUUGAAUAUUAGACAAUGUCAACCCCUUAUAACAUUACUUCGUAUUCAUGGUACUGCAGUUGGUGAUUUUCUACGAAGCUCUGUAUGUGGUUUUGAAGGUCUAGAUCCAAAAGUAUGUUGCCGAAUGAGCAAUGAUGAUCGAACUCCACUUUCCACCACAACACCAGCACCAACUCCACCACCGAAAGAUAUAUCACCAAAUUCUAAAUUUGGACCACUUUUUGCUCCUGAUUGUGGUAUAGUCGACAAUGGUACUUACACAAGAGUUGUUGGUGGAAAUCCUGCAUCAUUAGGAAACUGGCCUUGGAUGGCUGCACUUGGAUAUCUCAAUCAAAAAACCAAUCGAGUUGGAUGGCUAUGUGGUGGUAGUUUAGUUUCUUCGCGUCAUGUUGUAACUGCUGCACAUUGUAUCUAUGAGCGUAACGAUCUCUAUAUUGUUCGACUUGGUGAUCUUGAUCUUAAUGAUUCUGUUAACGAUGGAGCAUCACCAAUAGAUAUACCGAUUGACCGGUCUAUAAUACAUCCAGAGUAUAGCCCUAAACACUAUACCAAUGAUAUCGGUAUUCUGAGACUCGAACAAGACGUUCAGUUUUCAUAUCUUAUAAAACCUAUAUGCAUACCAUAUCCUGAUGAAAUAGCCAACAAGGAUUUGCUCUGGCAUACCCCAUUUAUUGCUGGUUGGGGUUCUGUUUAUUUCCGAGGUCCAAGUGCAACGCACUUGCAACAGUUACAAGUACCAAUUAUCGAUUUAAAGAAAUGUCAAGAUGUUUUCAAACGAUUUAAAAAUACUAUUAUCGAUAAUCGUGUAUUAUGUGCUGGUUACAAUGAUGGAGCCAAAGAUGCUUGUCAGGGAGAUAGUGGUGGUCCUUUGAUGUACACGUGGGCUAACAAAAAUAGUGCAUAUAAAAGAAAAGCAUUUUACCUUAUUGGUAUUAUUUCAUAUGGUUGGCGUUGUGCUGAACCUGGAAUUCCUGGAGUUUACACAAAAACUGCUGCAUUCCUAGAUUUUAUUCGAAAUAAUUUAAAUUAAUCAGAAUUCUGAACUCUUUCAUCUAUUUAAAAACAUACUGUUUUCAGUACUUUUUUUAAUCUGACACUAUCAAUAACAAAAAACAUAUUUUAGUUGUUGAAUUUUCGUAUUUAUAUUACAAAGGUAUUUUUUUUUUCACAAUUCAGUGUUAUUAAUCAAAAUAAUCUACAUGACUAUUAUAGGAUAAAUAAGUAUUGCAGCGAUUAAAAAAUUUAUUUACCAAGAAGCUACCUGAUAUAGAAGAGAUUAGAUUUAAACAAAUUUUAUAUAAUUUGUAUCUUUGAUAAUAUUUUUUAAUUCAGAAAAUUUUACAUUCUAAACCAAUA